AAGUGAACAUUUUUGAAAAUAUUUGAAAAUUGUUUGAAUAGUGUGAAAGGACUAUAUCAACAUUAUGAUCUUUGGAGAUUAUAUUUAAAAAGAGAUCUUUUUAAAGUAGGCUCUAAUUUCAAAUGCCAUAAAUCAGAGCUCGAAGACAUUUCUUGAUUUCAGUGCUGAGUUCUUCUUUUCAGAAAACUUGCGAAGCAAUGAGCAUCCUGAAGCUGCCGGUAGUUCUCACGGUGCUCUCGGUUGCAUUAAACCAUCUGAAGGCUACCCCCAUGGAAAGUCAUCAGGUGGAAAAGAGGAAUUGCAACACGGCCACUUGUGCAACUCAACGCCUGGCAAAUUUUUUAGUUCGUUCCGGCAACAAUCUUGGUGCAGUUCUCCCGCCUACCAACGUGGGAUCCAAUACAUAUGGCAAGAGGAAUUCCGUUGAGGUUUUUAACAGAGAACCAUUGAAUUACCUACCCUUUUAG